GUGAGUCUGUCUGACGGACAGCCACUGCACAACAUGUCAGCUCUUUCCUUGUCUAACAGCAAUCUGACUUGUGUUUGUAUUACAAAAUCUUUUAUAAUUCUCAAGCUGGACAAAGAGAUCAAGAGGUCAAGUUGCAGAACGUGUCGGGAGUCUCUUUUGACUUUUUUCUGCGAUUCAGUGUGUUGGAUCUAAGGAAGCAGACUCUUAGUGCUGCAGAAUUGCCAUGGGGAAGAAAAAAAAAACGGCCGAAGGGAAGACAAUCACCUUGAAAGCGGCUCAGAACUGCGUGGAGUUGACGCUGGAGGGCAAACGUCGUUUGAAUCUCAGAUUCAAGGAGCUCGCCGUGGUUCCGAAGUGCAUCCAGAAGCUGUGUGUAAUGGAUGAACUGGACCUGAGCAGGAACAGGAUCAGAAUGGUCCCCGACUUUAUUGACAGUUUCAUCAGCAUCUGUGCUCUGGAUCUGCACAGCAACUAUCUGGAGCAGCUCCCCGGGGCUAUCGGCCGUCUCCGGAACCUGCUGGUUUUGAACCUGUGCAACAACCGUCUGACGAGCCUCCCCAGCGAGCUCGGCCUGCUGAAGAACCUCCACAUGCUCAACCUGUGCAUCAACCAGCUGGAUGCUCUUCCCUCCUCCUUCGGUGCGUUGAAGGAGCUCUGCCACAUCAGCCUCUCCGACAACCGAUUCACCCGCUUCCCCGGCUGCCUCUCCAGUCUGGACAAGCUACAGAAGGUCAACAUGGCCAGGAACCCCAUCCUCGCCAAGGAGUCAGCCGGUCACGAGUCCCUCAUGAUGACAGAGAGGUUUUAUAUGGUCAAGGAGAGCGUCCUGUGUGGGGUCUGCCUGAAUAAGUGCCAAGCUGAGAGGAAGGAAUUGGAGGAAUAGGAGCCAGAAUGACAAGAUGACAAGGAGAUGUUGGGAUUGGUUUCUCUUUAAAUAACACACAUGUCGGAAAUUUCAAUAAAUGUGCAGAAAUAUCAUGUGCUGUUAAUGUGUACACUGCAUGUGUUGACUAUCUCUUUGGCCUAGAGGGCAGCAGAGACUCUACCAGAAGCAACAAAUACCGACACCUUCGUCACACAGCACCGUUCUGUCUUUGACGUUUCUGUCAUUGAUUCUAAAUGCAAGAAACUGAUGUGACGCAUCUUUAAUUUCAGCAAAAGUAGUCUGUAGGCACCAUCGUGGAUGCUUAUGUGUUUAUUUGAAACGUCUUUAAAAAAAGGAGGAAAGAAAAAGGCUGCGCUGAUAUCUGCUCAUCAUGUGCACUCCUCACGGUAGUAAACGUUAAGUGUUAACUUAGUCACAGCAGUGCAAUGGAUGCUCU